AUGAACUGCCCCAGUCGGACUGAGGAGCCCGAGGGCGACGGCAUGAACCAGAGCCCGCGCUCGCUGUCGGCCGAUCUCACCACCCGUCAGGAUCUGAACGGCAUUGCCAACGCGCGGGAGCUGCGCAGGAUCGCGAGUAUGGAUAGUGAGAUGGAGGUUGAUCGCGUGCCAGACGGCGAUGGGUCGAAGCACCGGUCGAAAAGGGGGGAGGUGGUGGUGGUGGCAGGGGAGGGGGUGAGGCCCAGUAGUCAAGGCGGCUCGCAAUCGGAGUUGGUCGCCAUUGAUGCUGCGGACCGUGGUAGUGGUGGUGGGGGGGGUGGUGGAAGCGGGAACUGGGAUGCCAACGUCCCCUUCCUGACGAGAACCUUUUUGAAAAUCCGCAAAGGGGUGAAAACGUAUGUGGCCUUUGUGGGCCCUGGUUUCAUGAUUUCAGUGGCGUACAUUGAUCCGGGCAACUACGCUACUGAUGUCGCUGCCGGUGCGACGUACCGCUUCAAGCUGCUCUUCAUCGUUCUGAUGUCGAACAUCUUUGCCAUCUUCCUGCAGAGCUUGUGUAUCAAGCUGGGAAGUGUCAGCGGUCUUAACUUGGCGGAGGCUUGCCGAGCCUUCCUCCCAUGGUGGUUGAACAUCUUCCUCUACAUCAUGGCCGAGACAGCUAUUAUUGCUACCGAUAUUGCUGAGGUUAUUGGUACAGCCAUUGCAAUCAACCUUCUGGUUCCUCAGAUCCCACUGGUUGCAGGCUGUGCUAUCUCGAUCAUCGACGUGCUCCUCAUAUUACUUUUCUAUCGGCCAAACGGAUCAAUGAAGGGUCUAAGAGCCUUCGAAAUGUUUGUGGCUUCUCUAGUUCUUGGAGUUGUGGUUUGCUUUUGCAUCCAGCUCAGCUUAAUCAAGGACACUUCUGUGGGCGACGUCGUCCGCGGAUACCUUCCAUCAUCUGCAAUUUUGGAAUCGAAAGGUCUGUACCAAGCUUGUGGUAUUCUGGGUGCAACAGUGAUGCCCCAUAGUCUUUACCUGGGCAGUGGUAUUGUUCAACCCCGACUUCAAGAGUACGACAUCAAACAUGGCAUUGUGCCCGCAUCUAUUCGCUCAGACAGCGACAGCAUCGACAAAGUGGUGUACUACCCCUCUCUCCCCGCGAUCAACUUUUGCCUGAAAUUAUCCAUAGUCGAGUUGGCCUUCUCGCUUUUUACAUUCGCCCUGUUCGUCAACAGCGCCAUUCUCAUCACAGCCGGAGCCUCUCUCUAUGGAACCGGUGCUGAUGAUGCCGAUCUCUUUGGCAUUCACCGCUUGCUCUCGGACACCAUUUCAUCUGGCGCUGGAACCAUCUUUGCUCUCGCUCUCCUCAUGUCCGGUAUCAGUGCUGGGAUAGUCUGUACCAUUGCCGGACAGAUGGUAUCCGAAGGGGCUUUGAACUGGACCAUAGCCCCUUGGAUGCGACGACUGAUCACACGAAGUAUCUCAAUCACACCCAGCAUCAUCAUUGCCGCCGCCGUGGGGAAAGAAGGCCUCUCGGCAGCUCUGAACGGCUCUCAGGUAGCGCUGAGCAUCGUUCUGCCUUUCGUCACGGCACCACUGAUUUACUUCACGUGCAGAAAUAAAUACAUGACGGUGCGCGCCAGCACGUCUGAGGACCGUGACGAUGAGACCGAUGAUGAUACAGAGGCGAGACCGGAGGUGGAGGGUACGAAGAUGCGAAAUAAUUGGGCUACUGCCACCUUCGGCGUCAUCAUUUGGCUCAUCAUUACGGUUAUGAACGUGGCUAAUCUGGUGUUGUUGGGCAGGGGAGACACCUAG